CAGUCUUCACCAACGCUCCUCUGCUCCUGAAUCGUCACCUCAGCUGACUGUGUGUUGUGUUCAGGAUGGGACGUCUCAGUCUGGUCACUUUGCUAGCAGUGCUGUUCUCCAUUUUUAUGGAAACUGAAGCAAAUCCAUUUGUUUACAACUACGAAAGGCUAAGAAUAGGAGGCCUGGUCUUUACCUGCUUGCUGAUAAUUGGAGCAGUCCUCCUUUUAGUCUACAAAGACUGCAGCAGGAAACUCAGUCGAAAAAGGGAUAAUGACGGUGAUAUCUGAUCUGGCUCCCGACAAACCGGUUCGGAAAGAGGCGCUGGGAGGCGGCUGGCUGGUGGAGAGACAAACGGUGGGAAGAACAUCAGCUCAGAAGAUCAGGCAUAACCUGUACAGACAUAAAAAUAAAUAAUAAUAAAAAACAGCAACCGGAAACCCCAAAUUUAUAUUUUUGAAACACCAUCAGCAAUCAGCCUUAUAUCAUGGUUUAAACUUGUUGAAUCUAAAUAUCCUAUGUGACAUUUGACCCCUAACACGAGACUUUAUUUUGUCCAGAUCUGUCCUUAAAUGUCUAUUUAAUAACUAUUUCCACUGUUUGUAAAUAUAGAUUAAUUAGACAGCAUUAUUAUUAUUUUUUUCUUUCAUAGGCAUUACUACAAUGUCGCAUUAAAAUUAUGCCGGCUAAUUAUAAGCUUUAUGAAACGGUGUCAUGGUGACAUGUGAUCAGUCAUAAAUACAUUUAGUUAUAUUUGUCCAAUUAUUUAAAGAAUUUGGGAAAUAAAUGUCGCCGACCUAAAUGCAUGUAGAAAUUCUAAUAAACAUCUCUGUUGUAAAAGUUAA